AGACAUGUUGCUCACUAAUGUAGUAGCUCGGUGGCCUGGGUCAACCCAUGACUCAUUUAUUUUAAGACACAGCAGUGUUGGACGCAGACUCGAGGCUGGUGCUAUACGUGAUGGCUGGCUUCUAGGGGACAGUGGAUAUCCCCUCAAACAGUGGCUGCUUACGCCUUUCCUCAACCCACAUAGUGCAGAGGAAAGGCACUACAACAUGUGCCACAGCCGAGCUCGCGCUAUAGUGGAGCGCACCAUCGGCCUGUUUAAGGGCAGAUGGCGCUGCCUCGACUGCACUGGAGGGAGGUUAUUGUACACGCCUGAAAAGGUGUGCCAAAUCGUGCUGGCAUGUGCUGUGCUACACAAUGUGGCACAGCUUAAAAACGUGCCUCUACCCCCUGGCGCCGAUUGAUGUGUUGGCCCCGACCCUGAACCCCCUCCCCACGCAUUUGAGCCAAAUGCUGCUGCUGUGCGCCAGCGUUUGGAAGUGAUGCGUCACUUGUAAAGAACAACAAAAGGUGUGGAAAAUAUUAUUUAUUCAAGAAUUCCCUCAUCGUGCAGUUUAUUUCAGUCAGGGCAUUCUUGAUUUCGCCCAACUCCUUGGCCACCUCUCUGAUUGAACUAAUGACUUCCCUCUGCAUUUCAAGGACUGCAUCGGUGAGGACACGUCCACUGCUGGAGGGUUGAGAGCCGCGUGCCGUGGAGACGCUGGGUCCAGACGGCUGCUCAGCUGCAGCAUCGUAACCACUGGCCCCGCUGGAACACCCAGCAACUGAAAUAAAAUUGUUCUAUAUUAAUAAACUGUAAUUGUGUAGCCUGCAUA